UCUCUUGCCCAGUAUUGCAUGACAGCGGGUCAUGUAUGGUACACCACAAGCUUCAUCGUAUAAAAGGUUGAGCGACCCGUCCUUGCAUUGUCUGGCCAAACAAUAACUGACAACCUUCAGCUGAGGAAGUAUAUAAUACAUCCAUGGUAACCGCGCCUGUAUUAACCUCGAAUAUUCAUCACUUUGUAUACUAGUUUCUGCAUUCAAAAAUUCCACGAAUGCCACCACGUAACGUUCCAGUAACCACCAUAAUUCGAAAAACGAAUUAUAUUAGGCAUACAAUGAAGGUUUUUUUGUAUCACAAACCGAGGUAAUAUACAACAAACUCUAAAUGAAAUGAUGAUAUGACCACUCGUUUUUAAUUUGUUUUCCAAACUCCUGCAGUUUUGCGGGUACUAAUUUCGCCUAUAUGUUAAUGAGGUUUGGGUACGUUGAUCAUACUAAGGGCCCAUACUGAUCCGUGACUGUUCAAUUAAGUUGAAUACCAUAUGGAACAUGUGAGAUGUGGAAGUGGUACGGUUCAUGUACAUGCAAGGAUACCACACUGCCACAAAUUGAAGGAGACUAAAAUUAAAAGUGUCCGUUCAAUCACCAAACGUACGUGUGUUCUGUCCAUUCUCUGCUCUGCCCACACCGAAUCAGGUGCACAUUUGUCAAUUGUCUUGAAUGAUGCUAGGUAUUUUAUGACGCCUUGCUGCAUCUUAGUCUGAAGAGAAACUGGAAGCUAUUUCUGUCGACUUUUGAAUCCCGGACACCAGUAAAGAUGGCGCUGUGUUGCAACGUGUUCAAAACUUUGUGUCGCACCAAGACACUUGACAUCAGUAAUACCGAAUCUCAAUUCAAACGAUGUCUGACAACCUUGGAUUUGACUAUCUUGGGCAUGGGAACCAUGAUGGGGUCGGGGUUGUAUGUGCUCACGGGUGUCGUCGCCAAGGAAACCGCUGGUCCUGCUGUCAUCUUGUCUUACGUCAUCGCGGGACUGGUGUCCAUCAUGGCGGCGAUGUGUUACUCCGAAUUUGGCUCCCGGGUACCGGUGACGGGAUCUGCCUACACGUAUACCUACGUCACAAUUGGCGAGCUCUGGGGCUUCGUGAUUGGCUGGAACUUAGUCCUUGAGUACGUUGUGGGCGGAGCUGCGGUUGCGCGCUCGUUUAGUGGCUACUUCGACGAGUUGAUUGGUUAUCGCCUCAGCAACUUCACGAAGAACGUCAUCUUUGGAGGUCACACCUACGAUAUACCGUACUUUGCAGCAUAUCCAGAUCUAUUCUCCGGUAUUUUGGUGAUGUUUGUGGUACUGAUUGUCAUUUUUGGAGCAAAUGUCUCAGCACGGUGCCUAAAUGUCAUGGUGUCUGUCAAUCUCGUCGUGGUUACCUUUGUGUUUGUAUCAGGGUUGUUCCUCGGUGAUGUUAGGAAUUGGAGCGACUUUUUCCCGUUUGGCUUCGCCGGGGCUUUCUCGGGUGCCGCUAGCUGUUUCUUUGCCUUCUCAGGUUUUGACGUCAUCGCUCUGUCGAGCGAAGAGGCGAUAGACCACGAGAAGGGAGUACCUCGCGCAACCGGCCUUUCCAUUCUAUUCGCCGGCCUGUCCUACGUCGCUGUCUCGGUCUCUCUGACACUGAUGGUGCCGUAUGACGAGAUCUAUGAAAACGCAGCCUUUUCUCACGCCCUUGCCUAUCAUGGUGUAGUGUGGGCCAAGUACGUGGUGGGAAUAGGUGCUUUGUGCGGCAUGUUCACAUCUCUCCUUGGUACCGUGUUCUCAUUGCCUCGCUCCAUCUAUGCCAUGGCUAAUGAUGGUCUUCUCUUCACCUUCCUGGCUAAAGUGUCCAAGCGGACCCAGGUUCCAGUGAUAGCAGCAGUGAUAUUUGGUCUCCUAUCUGCAAUCAUGGCUGUUUUGUUUGACCUGAGUGCUUUGGUAGAGUUUAUGUCCAUAGGGGUACUCAUGGCUUACGCCAUUGUGGCUGGGGCUGUCAUUGUGUUGAGGUACAGGCCUUCCAAUGCUCUCAAAGGCAAAAGUCAUAGCCCAGCCGAAGUGGCAAGUCCACACUCAAGCGACAGUGAUGAGGAGGAUGAGAGUUUGGCCGCUCCUCAAGAAGGCGCUACCGAUGAGGAACUCAUAGAUACACUGGAGAGGGAAGGAAGUCUUAAACGUCAGUUCAGAUUCCUGACAUUUCUUGCUGAUCGCGAGCCAGGCCAGGUCGUCUGCAUCUGUUUGUUUUUGACUGUCAUCUUCCAGACGCUAGUGGUGGUGGUUGGGGUAGCAGCAUGGGACCGCAUCGAGAUGGGUGAUUGGUGGGCCAUUCUCCUGAUGACUUCUUCUAUUGUCUUGACGAUCGUGACCUUUAUUCCGAUACCGAUGCACAAUCAGACGACGAAUGGCCGUGGAUAUAAUGUUCCUCUAGUGCCGUAUGUCCCCAUGGUCAGCAUAUUCUGUGACAUCGUCCUCAUGGUUAUGCUCAAGCCGGUCACGUGGCUACGAUUUGCGAUCUGGGUUGGAAUAGGUUUAUUGGUAUACGGGUUGUAUGGUUACUGCCAUAGCGUCGAGGGACGACAGCGGGUGGCGUCCACAGACAAACAGAAGUACAAGAUCAUCUCAGACUCCGGCGUACCAUCGCCACUGGCUCUAUACGGGACAAUUGCCCUGCAGCAGCCCAAGUCAUCGGAAGAAGAAACUGACAUGGAGAAAGAGAGUCCUCCAAGCAAGACCGAACUGUAACAGAUAAGGAAUAACACUACAUAUCUUAACAUUAUUAACAGUGUGGCUUGUUGCGCGCAUCCUGUGCCGAGUUUACGUACGAGUCUCCUGCGAGACGCGCAUGCGCUCUUUGCGACGGGACUCAGUACAGUAAUUUUGUCGACGUGCUGAGAUCUGACGUCAAUGUCGAAGAAGAAAAGCCUCCACAUUAAAGGGAAAAUACAACAUUUGCAAACAUCAAAAAAUAAAACUACCAAAUCAUUUUGAAAUACCUUGCUGGACUGUUAGUGAAUGAC